AUGAAGAUUCCUCAGUCAGAUCAGACCCACGAAAUUGCAACUAGCCCGACAGCCUCCAUCAGGUCUGGCGAAUUUAGCCAUGAACAGCCCAAUGAUUAUCUGGACCUGCCAGUUCGCGAAAUCAAUGAUACUGCAGAUUUGCGUGAAUACACCACCGAGACGAGGACAGGUGAAAUCAUCAAGCAGGUCAAGUCCAAUGCUACUGGCAAAAUCGAAGAUUGGAAGAUGGUAACCUUCACUAUCGACGACCCUGAGAGCCCCAAGAACUGGUCAAAGGCGUAUAAGUGGUACUGUACCAUGGUGGUCGCCUUUACCUGCUUUGUUGUCGCAUUUUGCAGUAGUGUCAUUACAGCUGAUAUCGAGGGACCCGUCGAGGAAUUCGGUAUUGGCCGUGAAGUCAGCUUGCUUGUUAUCACGGUUUUCGUUAUUGGAUUCGGUCUUGGACCCAUGGUCUUUGCUCCAAUGUCAGAAAUCUUUGGACGUCGUCCUGUCUACGCCCUGACCCUUGCAAUCGCUGUUAUUUUCGUCAUCCCCUGCGCCGUUUCUAAAAACAUAGGAACUCUGAUUGUCUGCCGCUUGAUCGAUGGAAUCGCUUUUAGUGCCCCUAUGACUCUAGUCGGUGGUACUCUGGCUGAUUUGUGGAAGAGUGAGGAACGUGGUGUUCCGAUGGCAGCAUUCAGCGCUGCUCCCUUCAUCGGUCCGGCCAUCGGCCCACUUGCUGGUGGCUUUCUGUCGGACAACUGUGGUUGGCGCUGGCUGUACUGGAUUCAGCUUAUUUUGGCCUUUGUUGCCUGGGUUAUGAUCACCUUCACUGUCCCGGAGACAUUCGCACCAAUUUUGCUGAAGAAGCGAGCCCAAAAACUUCGCAUUGCUGAGAACGACCUCAAGUAUACCACUGAAACCGAGCUCGAUCCUCGCCCUAUGGGUGAAAAGCUGCGAAUUUUCCUCUUCCGGCCCUUCCAGCUUUUGUUCCUCGAGCCCAUUGUCUUGUUCAUUUCUCUUUACAUGUCGGUCAUUUAUGGCUUACUAUACAUGUUCUUCGUUGCCUACCCUAUUGUUUACCAGGGUGGCAAAGGAUGGAGCGCGUCUAAAACUGGUCUCAUGUUUAUCCCUCUAGCUAUCGGUGUGAUCCUAAGUGCAUGCUGCGCUCCUUUUGUCAACAGACACUACCUCGAGGUCUCUACAGCAUGCGGUGGCAAGCCUCCAGCCGAAAAACGUCUGAUUCCCAUGAUGUGGGCUUGCUGGUGCGUCCCUUCUGGUCUUUUCCUCUUCGCCUGGACCUCCUACCCCCACAUUCACUGGAUGGGACCGGCAAUGGGAGGCUUCCUGAUUGGAUUCGGCAUUAUCCUGCUCUAUAACUCUGCCAACAACUACCUUGUUGAUACGUACCAGCAUCAAGCAGCAUCUGCUCUCGCAGCCAAGACCUUCAUCCGGUCUAUCUGGGGUGCCAGCACAGUUCUGUUCACAGAGCAAAUGUACGAGCGUCUGGGCGACCAGUGGGCUAGCUCGCUUCUUGCGUUUAUCGGCUUGGGAUGCUGCGCCAUUCCCUAUGUGUUCUACUUCAAGGGAGCGUCCAUUCGUCGUUUCUCGAAAUUCGCCUUCCACGACGAUGAGGAGAAAGCCAUCAAGGCGUAG